UUCAGUUACUAUUGUGACAUUUCUGAAACAAAAUGAUAUCCGAAAUUGAAAAUGAGGAAAUCAGAGCGAUUCCGCAAGAAAAAUAUGAUUUGGUUGUUUGGACGCCACACGAAAAAUUAUUUCGCAACAGAGUUACAUUGAGAAAUAAGGUUUUGUCUGAAAUUGCUGUGCCUUUUACGAUCGCUCUGCAGGUGAAAUUGCGCCGAUCAGUAUUCGGAACCUACCUAAAUGAUUUCAAUGAAAACCAAUGUCAAAAUGAAUUUCUCAAUACGAAUAAACUGAGCAUUAUGGAUUGCGUUAUGAGGGACUUUAAUUCAAGACAACUAAACCUGUUUGAUUACAAUAAUAAUUUGUUCGACCAUGUAAUAAAAUACUUGAAUAAUACUGUCACAGAAACGAAGCAAAUUGACUGUGACUUUCUUUAUGAACAUGCGACGCAUCUAAGAAUGGAUGAUUAUCAUAUAAAUAUGGUAGAUGAUGGCAUAAGAAAUUUUCGAAAUCUUCAAAUUCUAAUUAUAUGUGGUAACUGGAUUGAAAAUAUCGACGGUUCGGUACUUCCUAGACGACUAAAAUUUCUUGAACUCUACGUCAACGAAAUUAAAUCAUUAGAUGAUUUAACACACAAACCCCCUAAACAUUUGUUGCACUUGGGGCUAGCUAGAAACAAAUUAACAAAUGACAGUCACCUACAUCUACUGGCAGCUUGUGGACGCUUGAACAAUUUGAAAUCUUUAGAUUUGUCAGAUUGCGACAUCUAUCGUUUAGCAGAUGUGUUAGAAGAAAUAAAAUCGCUUCAAAAUCUAGAAGGGUUGCUACUACAAGGAAACCCAUGCUCGAUGGUAAUGGGCUACAAGGAUAUGGUAUUAAACAGCUUUCCAUAUUUAAUAUUUUUGGACGGAAUUGAAUUAAGCGCCUCUGAUAGAGCCUUGACCGAAAAUUUUGUGGAAAAGGCACAUUUUUCUGAAUUUUUUGUAAACUGUCUGAAGCUGACUGGAUUGCCAAAGCCACCAAAAUUACCAAAAACUGAUAAAAAAGUGAAACAAACAAUUCAUAUUGAGUUUAAAAUGCCUUUGUUUCAAUUAAAUAUUAAAGAGGAAAUAGACAAAGAAAGUGAUGAAAAUUUAAUACGUAAUAAAUCUAAAGAAGCAAAAAAUAAGAAAAAAGAACAUAAAGGCAAAAAAAGCAAGUCGGGGAAAAGUACAAAAAAAGGUUCUAAAAAAGGUGGAAAAUCUCCUUAUGAACGCCCAAAUGAAUAUAACCCAAAAAAGAUAAAUAACGCAUUUCAGUCUCAAAGAAAAGUUUGGGGAAACAAUUUAAAAUUUUCACCACUUGUUUUGCAAUCACCUGAAAAUAAUUUACUCACUUAUAGGGACACUUUUAGGAGUUGUGUGAACGUCUCUGUAAUUUAUUUGCAGUACAAACCACCAGAAAAAAAGAAAAAGAAAGGGUCAAAAAAAGACAAAAAAAGCAAAACCAGUAGUAAAAAAUCUGAAAAAUCCAGUAAAAGUAAAAACAAAAAAGGUAAAACAAAAUCUGAGAAAUCUAUUAGCACAAAAGAAGAAAGUAAAGAAAAAAUCAAAGAGGAACCAAAAGAAACAAUCUUAAAGCGAGUGACUUUAGCUAAUUUUGACUGCAACUUAUUUACGACUAAUUGGAAAAAUAAUAUACACUUUUAUUGGUCUGAAGACCCGUCUUUUGGACGCAAUGCAGUUGAGUUAAACAGUUAUCUAGAAAAUUUGAGAAAAAAGGCUGAAGAAGAGAAGAGACUGAAAGAGCAAAAAGAAGAAGAUGCAAAACAAAAAAAUAAGAAAAGUGAUAAGAAGAAAGGAGCAGAUAAGAAAUCAAAAAAAUCCACGAAGUCAAGUAAAUCACAGAAAUCUAAAAAAUCAAAAAAAAGUAAAAAAUCCAAAUCUUCAAAAAAGUCAAAAGUCGAAAAGUUUUUGACUUGUGAGAUUAGUUUUGGAUUAGCCAGGUUAGGUCAAACGCUAAAAGAGACAAAAAGUGGCACUGAUGUUAAAAAGGUUAAAAAACCUAAGAAAAUCAAAAUAAAAAAAUGACCCAAAACAAUUUGGUACAGUGUUUAUUUUUUUUAAUAUAAAUGUGUGUGCUGUCUCAAAAUUCGCAAAGUUUAUAAUACAUUAUUACACAAAAUACUGAAAACAUGAGAAGAAUGUUAAAAAAAUCUAUUUUUAAAAAAUAUUAUCAAUUCAAAAUUAUUUAAAAUCAGUAGAUAUCUGAAAAAAAGGUAUAUGUUUUUAAAAAUGGCUCGUAAGGUAAGUCUGAUGCGAGUAGUAGAUCAGGACAGGAGAUUACGACAUAAAUACUUAAUAAAAAUUUUACUACCUAUUUAAAAUAGGACAAUCAUUAUAAAUAACCAGCAACAGAUUCAAUGCUGUAAUCGAGAUAACACGCCAAUUACAGUUUUGAUAAAAUAAUUGCUUCAAGUUAGGGAGGUCGCUUAUGGUUAUAGUAAGUUGACGACAGUUAAGCUACUUAAAUGUCUACUGACAGUUUUUUUACACACGAUGAGAAUCGUGGUACUUGGGCCACUAAAUACGAAUUCUUAUUAUCAUGUAUGGGCUAUGCCAUAGGCAUAGGAAACGUGUGGCGAUUUCCAUACUUGUGUUACAGGAAUGGAGGAGGUGCUUUUCUCGUCCCUUAUUUGUUAAUGCUGUUUUUUUGCGGGAUUCCGCUAUUUUUCUUGGAAACUUCUUUAGGACAGUUUGCAAGCACUGGAUGUAUUACUAUGUUUAAAAUUGCUCCUUUAUUUAAAGGGGUUGGUUUUGCUAUUGUAAUUGUAAAUGCCAUUUGCACAUCUUAUUAUAAUGUUAUUAUAGCAUACCCUUUGUUCUUUUUGGCAAAUUGUUUUCAAUCAAAAUUGCCUUGGACCAAUUGUGACCAUUCGUGGAACACCGAGCAUUGUGUUAAGUUGGGUGGUCAGAACGCUGUAAAAAAUCACACAAACGAAACUUUCCUUUUGCAUCAAAAUGAUUCAUUUGAAAAUAGGAUGAAGACUCCAGCCGACGAGUUUUUUCAUUACCACAUUUUGCAGAUAUCAGACAGUAUUGAAGAUCAAGGAGGUAUUGUUUGGCCUCUUCUCUUAUGUAAUGUUAUAGCUUGGGUCAUAACUUACCUUUGCAUAAUAAAGGGUGUGAAAACUGUUGGCAAAGUUGUUUAUUUCACAGCAACGUUUCCUUUUUUUGUUUUAUUUAUCCUUCUAAUAAGAGGGCUAACAUUACCUGGCGCUUGGGACGGAGUAUUUUUUUACAUCUAUCCACAGUGGCAUCAACUUACAAAUUUAAAGGUGUGGGCAGAUGCUGCUUGUCAAAUUUUUUUCUCAUUAGGUCCAGGCUGGGGAGGUAUUGUUAACAUGGCAAGUUACAAUGACUUUAGGAAUAACAAUCAGCUUGAUUCAAUCCUUGUGCCAAUUUUGAAUUGUGGGACAAGUAUUUUUGCUGGAUUCGUAGUGUUUUCCGUUAUUGGUUUCAUGUCUCAUGAGACCGGUUUGCCGAUUUCAACAGUCGCAACUGGCGGCCCCGGACUUGCUUUCGUCACAUAUCCGGAAGCAAUUACGAUGUUGCCUUGGCCUCACAUUUGGGCGAUUUUGUUUUUUCUUAUGCUUUUCUUCCUAGGUCUAGACAGCUGCUUUGUUCAAAUAGAAGCCAUUAUUUCUAGCGUUAUUGACGAAUUUCCUACGUUAAGAAAACACAAGAUGAUGGUAACUUUAGUCUCCUGUUUGGUUAUGAUGUUUUUGUCGUUUAUGUUUGUCACCAAUGGAGGAAUGUAUCUCUUACAGUUAUUUGACUGGUACGCUGCAUCAAUUUCCGUGAUUUUAAUUUGUUUAAUAGAAGUUUUUAUUGUGGGAUGGACAUAUGGUAUGCAACAAUUUGUUAAAGAUUUAGAAUUUAUGAUACAAAAGAAAAUUCACUGGUGGUGGAUCAUUUCAUGGAAAAUAACUAAUCCUUUAAUACUUACGUUUAUUUUUGUAACUACUAUAGCAUUUAACACAAGAGUUACAUACAGAGGUAUUGCUUUUCCCGACUGGUCUAUUACACUAGGUUGGUGUUCCUGUGGUGCUUCAAUUAUAUGCAUUCCUCUUUAUAUGGGAUACAGACUUUUAUACUUAGAGGAAGGUGAUUUAAUUGAGCGAAUUAAAAGUGCUUUAAAACCGACCCUAGACUGGGGUCCAGCAAAUAAGGAACAUAGAAGAGAAUGGUUUAAAGCUGUUCAUUAUGAUAAAAUUAACGAUGCAACAAAGCGUGAUUCGUAUCACGAACAAUUUAUUCAACUUGUGACAAUAAAUACUUAAAUUUUGCUUAACACUGAAUUAAUGUUUUCACAUUGUUGUCCUUACAAUUACCAUAAAGAUUCAGACUUAACCCAGGAAACGUUAUAAUUUAAUAUUAUCCAUUUUAAUACAUAAUUGUGGAAGUUAUUGGAUGUGUAAACAUACCUUUGUUUUGUAACUAACUGCCAGUUAAUGAACGGUUUACCAAGGAUUUAACGUCGAAAA